CAUGACGCCGCACGACGAUCUUGCUUCCCUGCACCUUGCAGCAGCAGUACUGGUACUCUCUCGACUGCCUCCAGCAGCUUCACCACUUCCCCUUCGUCCCUUGCUGCGCACGCACACACAUGAACCCGCCACACUUUCACUCGCACCCCUGUCUACAUACAUGAAGCAGAAACCAAUGCGUGGCUGCACGUGUUUGUGAUGUCAGCACGGUCCUAAAACCUUGUCUGCUGCUGUUCACCCACAACCACUACUUAUAUCCUUUAGGCCCACCCAACGCUCAUUUCUUAGCUUUUUGGCUGCCCCUACUACCCUCCCACUAACCACCCCCUAUGUGAGGCUUUCUUUGUUGACAUCAACUCACGACCCCCGCCGCCUCCUCCACCAACGACUCGUUCGUUGUUUACCCGCCUACGUACCUACUCAAAAAUUAUAUCACCCCUACCGCUCCUCGACUCUGUCACUUCGACCCGACCUAUCCGCCCUUGCAUUCACUAUACUACCUGUACUGCCACGUUGGGCCUGACCCUCUCGCUUGUGUGUCACCAUGUUGAGCUCCAAGAAGCGGUCGACGCACCGGCUCUCGUCGCUGUUCAUGUCAAGUCAUAACGACUCGAGUGAUACAACCUCCAAUGGCUCGUCUGCUGGCUCCGGUCGUUUAACCAAGCUCAAGAACCGAGUUUCUUCCUCGUCCACACAUCUACCCAUUGAUCAAAACCCACCGCCCGUACCAAAGCUUCCUCCGCAACAUGCUGUGCCCAUGCCGCCACCCUCCUCUCGUUCCGCCCCGCCCGUGCAAGCUCCAGCGAAUAUCACCACCCAAGAGCCUGAUGCUGUACUCCAACCACCUCCCUCCAUCGUCACCAUGAACAGCCCUCGCUCCCGAAGCUCAUCUCCAGGUCGCUUGAACAAGUCCCGCCCAAACACAUCGCAGGGCAUCUCAAACGGUAGUAGUAUGCUAGCGCCCGCGGAUGCUUCUGCCAAAAAGUCCAGGCGAGCAAGUCGCUUCUUCGGCGGAGGAAAGAGCAGUGAUGAUUCCCUGAAAGAGAAGAAUGUGCCCCAAGCUUGGGUGGUCGGGCACAAGGGAAAGGUCCCUUACGACCUUGCGCCCCUGAUCACUGGUGCACCGGUACCCGAAUUGUGGGACGAAGCAGGAGACACGCUCGUGUACCUGCACCCCCGAACCUCAAACAAAGGCGCCUCUUUCCGCAUCGACUCUUCCGUGUACGCUUCUUCCCGGGCCAUGACUCGCUUGAUUCACGGUGGCCUGUACAGCGGGCCGACUCUCCCUGUCGACGACCUAGCGGAUCGAUCAGUUCGGAGUUCUUAUGCCGGCACUGCUCCCCCAUCGCGAACCAACUCUCCAAUUCAGAGCGGCGCUGGUAGCUCUGAUGGCUCCAAGGGGUCUCGUGCACUGAGCGACGCGGUCGAAGAUGACUUCAGCGAAAAGCACUUGUAUAUGCCUAUUGCUUUGAGUACAGACCAGGAGCCCGUUACACCUGGCGGUACUCAGCUGCCAUCAUCAGUCGAGGAUAUCGACGUGCUCAUCUCUUACCGAAAUUUCGUCGCCUUCUUGGUUGGACAAUCCCUAGUUGCCACACCCCGACAUGCUGAGAUUUUCGACAUUUUCUUGAGAAUAUCUGAAAUUCUCCACCAAUACAACUUUUCGAAUGUCGACUCAUCCACAUUCGGCGAGGUUGCAGCUUCCAGCUUCGACAGCUAUGUGGAUGAACUUGGUCUGGCUGAUGUCCGGCACAGCCGCCAGAAAACCAUUGAGGCCAUCGUUCUGGGCGAGAAGAUGCGGUCCAUGACGUUGUAUACCGAAGGAUUUGUGCAUGCCGUUGGAAAGUACGACGAGAUUCAGGAACUCCGCCAUCCCAAGUUCCAAUUGAUCAGUCCCAUGACCGGCACUCGUCUUGCUCGCUCUGCGCUCGAUUUGGCGAACAGGGAGCAAAACAUCAAGAAUAAACUCAAAGAUUUCGAGUUUCCUGCCAUCUUCGCAGGUCUGAUGAACAGUGCUAUGGCGGAUGAAGGCAAAAUGAUCCGUUUCAAGAGCUGGAAGAGCGCUUUCAUGAGCACUCGGUCAUUCCUCCUAGACUAUUACAAGUCGAAGUACGGAAGUUGGUUGCCUAGGGCACGGAACAAGAAGAACGAUCUCACAACGGAUGGGCUUAAUCGGUUGGUGUUGAAGGAGAUCUACCGCGAUCUCACCGAUCUUUACGACAUGCUUGUUGACCGUACGAACCUCACCAAUCGUACCCAAGAUGGUUUCCUGAAUGAAGACACGCGCACUGACUUCGAAUCGGUUGGAAACCGUGCCUUGCGCAUGGUGCUCAGCGAAUAUGAUCGCAGUACACCUCCUGUGCAGCCGCCAAUCCCAUUCGAUGUGCCUAUAUCUCCGUCUCUGAAGAGCCUAGGAAAGGCAUAUCCGUCCGGGGACUACAAGAAGGAUCAGAAGGCGCGAUCUAAGAAACUGAAGAAGGACGAGAUCGCGCAGGCGCUCAAACAGUCAUACAACCCAGAUGCAGACAAGCCUUCCCCAUUCCUGGAUGCCUUUCGAAACUUUGAGAAGAAACAGGCAUCGGGAAGCACAAUGGAACAGCUUUGGGAACUCAGGUGUGGACAAUGGUUGUUUCUGUACGCUGUCAUCCAGUCACUCCCCUUGAUGGUGGUAGAUGCACCCGGCAUUCGCUUUGCUGAGGGCGUGGAAUACUUCCUAUGCGAAAUUCCCCGCUCUGGCGCCCCUUGGUCAAGGGAGGAUACCAGUCGCGCACGCAAAUGGUUCGGUAUCGACGGAGGCAAACAAGUGGUCAGCCUGCCGGCAGACAUUGUUGACAACGGCGUGGAGGGCAUCUUCCGUCGAUCACACUGCUGGAAAAUUGCCGAAGCGUGGGCAAAGAAUGAUACAAUGCUCACGGCAGCCAUGCAGGAGAUGAAUGCAGACCCGUUGCCUCCUCCUCCAGGCUUCCUCGACCCUAGCAGCGCCGACAACCGUCCACGCUCGUCGCACAGCACUGACCGUAAACGCGAGAGCGUGAUGGAUCUCGGCCUGGAAGCCUUGCCUCUCCCACCUGGCUUUGCUCCGCCUGGUACUCCUGGCUCGCGACCCGUCUCUCUCCACGAUCCUAACAAAACGUUCGACUCUUUCCUCGGUUCCACCCUGUCCGAGAAGGACAAGAAGAAAAAGAAGAAAUGA